CAUUCCAUUAUUUUCAUUUGGCGAUCGUAAACAAACAACUGUUGCUAAGCAACAAACAAAUACAAAAUUUAUGAGCAAAACAAAAACAUUUUCCUUCAAUUUAGCAAUUAACGGUAACAAACCUUAACACAUUUUCAAUGAUGGAUUGGGCAGAAGAAUUAAAAUUAUCUAUAAGAAAGAAAACUGCCCGUAAAGGACGGCGCUCCAAAAGCCGUGAUCCAGUUGGUGGAGCUACAACCAGUAUCAACGUAACCAAUCCGAAUCAAAAUGAAAAAGAAAUAACUAUCGAUAUAACGUUGGAUUUGCAAAAGAAUUCUACCACUGCCACUAGUGAAGAAACCGAUGGUUCAAAGAAACCACCGCCACGACGCAUAUCGGGUGGUUGGGCUGAUGUUGGCUUACUGAAGAGUUCAAAGUCCAAAAAGGGAGCCUCAUUUGAUGAUGAACGCUUUCAAAGUGUGUCUCUCGCAAAGUCUCCUGUCGGCUCACCGCCGCGAGAUGAAAUACCGACUAUUCCGGACAUGGACGAUUUAAAAGAUGAAAUUUUACUUAAUGAAAUUGUUGAACCACCUAUUUCUAACCCUCAACGUUUAAACACUUUGAGCGAAAUCAAUUCGGAUUUAUUGAAUCAGAGCGCAUUUGCUUCAUUGGAAAAUAUUGAUCUUACAAUUUUGACACGCUGUUUAAAAUUGCCCGAAACUUUAGAUGAACCGGACGAAGAAUGGGAAUGGGACAAAUUAUUUACAGAAGUAAUUGCAGAAAUACAUUCCGAUCAACAAAGUUUCGCAAGGGGACAUAAAAAAGAAAUUGGUCCAGAUGAAAUUCCACCGCCAAUGUACUCUUAAUUUGAAUUGGUAUAAAAUUUAAUAUUUUUCUAAUUUUAAAAAUUAAAAUUUUAAUUAUUAAGCUAUUAUGGUGAAAAUUGUUUAACAUAUCACUCAAUCAGAAUGUAGUACUACAUAUUUAUGAUUACAUAUUAAAUAUUAGUUUUCAUGCAAGCA